GGGUUUCUAUGUGAUGUGAGCGAUUUACAAAUUCCGUGUAGUAUAUUGACGAUUGCUAUACAUUUUUUGUAUUUUCUGGCAAAAUAAAAUAUUUGAUUUGAUUAUUUACUCAUACUGGUUACAACUGCGCAAGCAUACAAUUACACCAACAUAUUUGCAGGUGUACACCUAUAUAUUUCUUCAAAUUAUACUUGCACAAGCAUUCAUUUCCAGCAACACAAUUGUAUAUCUAUUGCCUCAUACAUGUUAUGAUUGCGCAACCAUAUAUUUAUUUCAAACAAUUAGUCAUGCACCUAUUUACACAUACAGGUUAUAAUUGCACAAUCAAUCAUUACAACGACGCGGUUGCUGUCAUACACCAAUUAGCACGUAUUAGGUUAUAGGUUAUAAGUAUUAUAAUUAGGUUAUAAGCAAGCUAGCAUACAUUUUCGCCAAGAAAUUCGUACACCUAUUUACAAACGCUGGUUAUAAUUGCACAAGCAUACAAAUACACCAACACAUUCUCAGUCGUACAGCUAUUAACGCAGCUGUAGCGUAAAAAUAUUUGCAUAUACAGAUAUUUGUGUACAAAUAUACAUUUAUAACGUAAUUUUAAUACUUUACCCUUAUUUAAAUACUCAUUUUUUAAUUGCGCAGGCAUAAAUUUACACCAAUACAGUUAAUUGCGCAAGCAUACGUUUAUACCAACACUGUUAGUCAUGCACACAUUUAUACAUAAACGCUAUAAUUGCACAAGCAUAUAUUAUAGCAACGUGGUUGCAGUCGUACAAGAAAUAGCACGUAUAAGUUAUAAGUAAGCUAGGAUACAUUUUCACUAAGAAAGUUGUAUUCUUAUUUACACUUACAGCAUAUAAAUGUACAACCAAAGUUUUGUCAAAUCAGUUGCAGACGUACACCUAUCUACAAUUGCCGGUUAUAAUUGCACAAGCAUACAUAUAGACAACACAGUUUCAGGCGUACAUCUAUUUACAUAUACGGGAUAUAAUUGCACAAGCAUACCUAUAGACAACACAGUUUCAGGCGUACAUCUAUUUACAUAUACGGGAUAUAAUUGCACAAGCAUACCUAUAGACAACACAGUUUCAGGCGUACAUCUAUUUACAUAUACGGGUUAUAAUUGCACAAGCAUACAUAUAGACAACACAGUUUCAGGCGUACAUCUAUUUACAUAUACGGGUUAUAAUUGCACAAGCAUACAUAUAGACAACACAGUUUCAGGCGUACAUCUAUUUACAUAUACGGGUUAUAAUUGCACAAGCAUACAUAUAGACAACACAGUUUCAGGCGUACAUCUAUUUACAUAUACGGGUUAUAAUUGCACAAGCAUACCUAUAGACAACACAGUUUCAGGCGUACAUCUAUUUACAUAUACGGGAUAUAAUUGCACAAGCAUACCUAUAGACAACACAGUUUCAGGCGUACAUCUAUUUACAUAUACGGGUUAUAAUUGCACAAGCAUACAUAUAGACAACACAGUUUCAGGCGUACAUCUAUUUACAUAUACGGGUUAUAAUUGCACAAGCAUACAUAUAGACAACACAGUUUCAGGCGUACAUCUAUUUACAUAUACGGGUUAUAAUUGCACAAGCAUACCUAUAGACAACACAGUUUCAGGCGUACAUCUAUUUACAUAUACGGGUUAUAAUUGCACAAGCAUACAUAUAGACAACACAGUUAAAGUAGUAAACAUAUUUACAUGUAAUGGUUAUAAUUGCACAAGCAUACAUAUAGACAACACAGUUUCAGGCGAACAUAUAUUUACAUAUACGGUUAUAAUUGCACAAGCAUACCUAUAGACAACACAGUUUCAGGCGUACAUCUAUUUACAUAUACGGGUUAUAAUUGCACAAGCAUACAUAUAGACAACACAGUUUCAGGCGUACAUCUAUUUACAUAUACGGGUUAUAAUUGCACAAGCAUACAUAUAGACAACACAGUUUCAGGCGUACAUCUAUUUACAUAUACGGGUUAUAAUUGCACAAGCAUACAUAUAGACAACACAGUUUCAGGCGUACAUCUAUUUACAUAUACGGGAUAGAAUUGCACAAGCAUACCUAUAGACAACACAGUUUCAGGCGUACAUCUAUUUACAUAUACGGGUUAUAAUUGCACAAGCAUACAUAUAGACAACACAGUUUCAGGCGUACAUCUAUUUACAUAUACGGUUAUAAUUGCACAAGCAUACCUAUAGACAACACAGUUUCAGGCGUACAUCUAUUUACAUAUACGGGUUAUAAUUGCACAAGCAUACAUAUAGACAACACAGUUUCAGGCGUACAUCUAUUUACAUAUACGGGUUAUAAUUGCACAAGCAUACAUAUAGACAACACAGUU